CCGAGUUAUUGCGAAUAACACUAUUUCAUUUACCUUGCUUUAUACGUCUUCUGGCAUUCUACGCUAGGCUUCUGUUAAUUUUCACCCUACAUCCUGCCAACAUGGCCUCAGGCCCCAGUGUCUCAAAGGAGCGCCAAUUCCUCGCUGUCAUAGGUGAUGAAGACUCCGUCACGGGUCUAUUACUCGCCGGCAUCGGUCAUGUAACCGACCCUCCAGAUUCCCAACGUAAUUUCGUCGUCGUAGACUCGAAGACCGAGACCUCUGCCAUUGAAAAAGCAUUCCACAACUUCACCCAGGAACGAAAGGACAUUGGUGUCUUAUUAAUAAAUCAGCAUAUCGCGGAACGGAUACGAAACAGCGUUGAUAACUUCACGGAAGCAUUCCCGGCGGUACUCGAAAUCCCGAGCAAAGACCAUCCGUAUGACCCUGAGAAGGACAGUGUGCUCCGGCGCGUGAGGAGAUUGUUUGGAGAGUAAAUAUUACCCGUUAUAUUCUAAUGAUGUUACGAAAUUAGCACGGAUAUUCGAUUUGCGACAGGUCAGGGCCCAGGGAUGUUGAAGCACGGUGCUCUUGGGUGCUACGCCACUGACGCUGACAUGGGCGCUGCUGGAUUCUUGAGGCUGAAGUUUCUAAUCGUCAAAUGUCCAGGGAGAAAUACGGCCAUAAUCUGUGCUCCCCCCCUUUUUUUUUUAAGGAAAUUGGGAAUCACGCUGUGUAUUUACAAUUGGAUACCCUCAUGAAAGCAUGCACUACACAUAUUGCAACAUUAUGUAUUUGCAUUGUUGUGAUUUAGGUUGAUGACGUAUAAGUAUUUCUAGGG